AUGACCGUGAAGUUGAUUGGUAAUCCAACCCCCCGAAAUUCCCGUUCCCGAACUGUCCCAUACCCUCCCCAACUCCCCAUCCCCACCCUUUCCAGCCGACUUCGCCGCCCCCAAACAUCCCGUUUCGCGCUUCCACUUUCAGUAGCGCUCCGCUCGUUCUGCACACCACCACACUCCCACCCGUCGCAAGGUUCCGAUCACGUGCCAGCACAGCCCUCUGCGUUUUCGGCGGCCCGCGACGCACAGCCGCCCCCGGCCGCUGUUCGCCCUCGGAAAUACGGCCCCCCGGCAGCCGAGGCGGCGAGUUCGAGUGCCGCAAUAAAUAAGUUGGGGACUCGUACCCGGGCCGUAGUCGAUCGAGUUUCUUCAUGUAAGUGGCGAGAAAAAUUUGGCAAAGUGGCUGACGCGGGGACCUCGAAUGAGAGUGCGAUCACGCCGAACUCGAAACGGCAUCUGGAGUUGGACCUGGAUUUUUUGGAAAGGCGCCAGAAUGAGCCAAACAAUGAAAACCAGGAGGCGCCCCGAAGCCCGAUCGAAAUCAGCCCAGAGUCAGUCGACAGGGUUAAAGUUAUACUAUUGGGGGCGCCGGCCGUUGGCAAAACCAGUAUAAUCCAGCAAUUCGUGUGGAACGACUUCUGCGAGGAGUACAUCCCCACCGACCGCAAGCACACCUACUACCCCUCCGUGAUCACCAACGACCGCCUCUACGAGAUCAAAAUCAGCGACCUCCCCGUCAUCCCCUACUUCCCCGUCAACUCCUACUACGAGUGGGCCAACUACCGCUACUACGGCUUGCGUAGCGCCUCCGCUUACAUCCUCGUCUUCGACUUAUCUAACUUGGAGACCUUCCAGUACAUCCGCACCUUGAGGGAGCAGAUCUGCGAGAGCCGAAACAUGUCGAACGUUCCCUUGCUGGUGGUGGGCAACAAGCAGGACUUGAUUGUGGACGAAGGCGGCAGCGCCGGGGGCGGUAAAGUGGCCAUCACGAGCGGCCACGAGGAGAAGCGGCGGGAUAUCGCCAACCUGGUGAAGAAGCACUGGAAAUGUGGGUACAUAGAGUGCAGUGCCAAGUACAACUGGAAGGUGGUGGCCGUUUUCAGGGAGCUGAUCAGCAUGAUCGACAGCCUGGAUUCGAGGGAUCAGAGUCCGAUGCUGGAUAAUAUACAAGAUGCGCUAGAUAGGAAUAAGUGUGUUGUUAUUUAGGGCGGAUGGUUUUAUUUGCAGCAAUAAAUUUGUUAGACAAUCUGUCCAUGCAUGGAUUUUUCAAGAAUAAUAACGUAAUCGUGGUUGUGAUUUUGUUAAUAAUGUGCCAAGUUGUAGAGGUGUUAAGCAUUAUCAAUAAAGUAAU